CAAACGUCUAAAGCCAAAGCAGUUCGACCGACGCCGGGACUAACUCGGACUGCCUUGUGUUUUUUAACCGAAUAGAAACUUAGCUGUUAGCAAAAACAACAUGCCUUACACAUCUUUGAAUUAGAGUAAGUUAUUUUGUGUGGAAUCUAGGCACCACAUCAUCUACCGCGUGCACUGUUGAGGUGUUAUCAUUUAAGGCUAAAUUAACUGACAGACAGACCCCGUGUUAUGAAAUGUCUUCCGUACCCUUUUUCAAUGUGAUAUACAGAAUGACGAGGACAGCAUGGGGAAACUGUCAAGGAUCUCUGUUCCGGAUGCCUCCAGCUGGGUUAACAUACUUACAGACUGCCGGUAAAAAAGACGUCAUUGAUCUGCCUAUCCUAAAUGAGGAUGAUCUGGACGAGCAAUUUGUGCGAGGAUCAGGUCCGGGUGGUCAGGCGACCAACAAGACUAGUAACUGCGUGGUCCUCAGACACAUUCCUACUGGUAUUGUUGUUAAGUGCCACCAAACUAGAUCCGUGGAAACCAACCGUAAAAGAGCUCGAGACAUUAUGAAAGAGAAGCUGGAGGUGUCUUUCAAAGGAGAGGACAGUGAAAUUCUGAAGAAGCAGAAAGAUUCCAUCCAGAGGAAACACGAGAAAAGGAAGAAGGCAAACGACAAUCUGGAGAAAAAGAGACGUUUUAAAGAAACUCUUAUGGCAGACUCGAAACCUGGGGAUGACAUGAGAUAAAAAAUAAUUAGAUUAAUAAUUCCCUUCUUUUUACACGUGUCAGGCUUUUUCCUUGUUGAUUUGCUAAUGUUCCAUGUGUUGAAGUAAUACGAGGAGCAUUCGAUCAUACAUAUGCUAUUAUACACAUUGGGUUUCAUGAAAAUAUCUUUUAUUACGAUGUUUAAU